AUGCGUAAUUUUAUUGUUGAUCCUAAAUAUAGAAAAGCUUUUCGUCAUCGUAAGCAUGGUGGUCGAGAAUUAGAUCGUGGAUUAACAGCUAUGG